UAGGGGGAGGAUGGAAGCGUUUUUUACUGAGGGGGCCCGUGUGUGGGUCAGGGAAAAGGAACAGCUGGUGCCCUCCACAGUCAACUCCUGCGGAGAUGGAACGCUGGUUGUCACCACGGACUAUGGCGAGGUGCUGUACCUGCAGACGGCGGAGGUGACCCGGGAGCGGGUGUACGCCAUGCACCCCAGCAGCAACGAGGGUGUGGAGGACAUGUCCUGCCUGGCCGAGCUGCACGAGGCCGCCAUCCUGCACAACCUGCACCAGCGCUACAAGAAGGACAGCAUUUAUACCAACAUCGGCAGCAUCCUGGCGGCGGUGAACCCCUACAAGCAGAUCCCGGGUAUGUACGACCCGGACCGGGUGGAGCUCUACUCCAAACACCACCUCGGGGAGCUACCGCCGCACAUCUACGCCAUCGCCAACGAGUGCUACCGCUGCAUCUGGAAGCGCCACGACAGCCAGUGUGUCCUCAUCAGUGGUGAGUCUGGGGCAGGGAAGACGGAGAGCACCAAGCUGCUGCUCCAGUUCCUGUCUGUAAUGAGCCAGAACUCAGCAGGGACCCCCCCCACGGAGAAGAGCACCCGCGUGGAGGAGGCCAUAGUUCAGAGCAGCCCUAUCAUGGAGGCCUUUGGAAACGCCAAAACUGUUUACAACAACAACUCCAGCCGCUUUGGGAAGUUCAUCCAGCUCCACUUCUCUGAGGGCGGGAACAUCCAGGGAGGCUGUGUGUUUGACUAUUUAUUGGAAAAGAACCGUGUGGUAAGGCAGAACCCUGGGGAGAGGAACUACCACAUCUUCUACGCUCUGCUAGCAGGAGCCACUAAGGACCAUAAAGAACAAUAUUUCCUGGGUGAACCCCCUGAGUCCUUCCACUACCUCAACCAAUCAGGAUGCAUCAAGGACAAAAGCCUGAAUGACAAAGAGCUCUACAACAGUGUUAUGGAGGCCCUGAAGGUGCUGGAGUUCACGGAGGAGGAGAGCAGGGACAUGUUCAAGCUGCUGUCUGGAGUCCUGCAGCUGGGCAACAUCGAGUUCAUGACCGCCGGAGGGGCUCAGAUCACCACCAAGCAAGUGGUCAGUAAUGCCAGUGACCUGCUGGGUCUGGACUGCUUCCAGCUCUCUGAGGUGCUGACACAGCGCUCCAUCAUCCUCAGAGGAGAGGAGAUCUGCUCCCCCCUCACCAUAGAGCAGGCGGUGGAUUCCCGGGACUCGGUUGCCAUGGCGCUGUACGCACAGUGCUUCUCCUGGAUCGUCCGCAAAAUCAAUCAGAAGGUCAAAGGGAAAGAGAACUUCAAAUCAAUCGGUAUCCUGGACAUCUUUGGCUUCGAGAAUUUUGAGGUAAAUCGGUUCGAACAGUUUAACAUCAACUAUGCCAACGAGAAGCUCCAAGAGUACUUCAAUAAGCACAUCUUCUCGCUGGAACAGCUGGAGUACAACAGGGAAGGAGUCCAAUGGGACGCAAUUGACUGGAUGGACAAUGCAGAGUGCCUUGACCUCAUAGAAAAGAAACUGGGCAUGUUGGCUCUGGUCAAUGAGGAGAGCCGCUUCCCAAAGGGAACAGACUUCACCCUGAUGGAGAAGCUGCACAGCAGACACUCUACCAAUCCCUACUAUGUGAAGCCCCGGCUUGCAGACCAUCAGUUUGGCAUCAAACACUACGCUGGGGAGGUUCUGUAUGAUGUGCGAGGAAUCCUGGAGAAGAACAGAGACACUUUCAGAGACGACAUCCUCAAUAUGCUGAAAGAGAGCAGGCUGGACUUCAUCUACGACUUGUUCGAGAAGGUGGGCAGCAGAAACAACGAGGAGACUCUGAAGAUGGGCACAGCCAGACGCAAGCCAACUGUCAGCUCCCAGUUCAGGGACUCCCUCCAUUCUCUCAUGGGGACUUUGAGUGUGUCCAACCCUUUCUUCAUCCGCUGCAUCAAACCCAACAUGGAGAAGAAUCCAACCGUGUUUGACCCGGAAGUCGUCAUAAAUCAGUUGAGGUAUUCUGGGAUGUUGGAGACGGUGAAAAUCCGUCGCGCUGGAUUCCCCGUCCGAAGGACUUUUGUAGACUUCCUCUCACGGUAUAAGAUCAUCUCCAAGAACAAGGUGUCCACGGUCGGAGAUGAUAAGAAAAAAAACAUGGACCUUCUGACCAAAUAUGACAAGACUAAGAAAGAGUGGCAGAUUGGCAAGACCAAAGUGUUCAUGAAGGAGGCCCUGGAGCAGCGUCUGGAGAAGGACCGCGAUGAAGUACGCCGGGCCGCUGCCAUGGUGAUCCGCGCCCACCUGCUCGCCUAUUCCGCCAGGAAGCACUUCAAGCAGGUCCGAAGCAGCGUGCUCACGCUGCAGAAGCACUUCCGCAAGCACAUCCUGCGCCGGAGGUUCGUCAGGCAGCGCAAGGCGGCGCUGGUGCUCCAGAGACACCGGAGGGGGCAGGUGGCCCGCAGCCGCGUCCGCAAGAUCAGGGACGAGAGGAAGAGGCUGAAGAGGGAGGAGGAGGAGAAGACGAAGAAGAAGGAGCAGCCAGAGGCAAAGACAGACGGAGGAGAAGGAGGAGGAGGAGGAGGAGGAGAAGAGAAGAAGCAGGAGACCCGCCAGAUGGAGGAGAUCCUGAAGCUGGAGCGGGAGAUCGAGCGGCUGCAGAGGAAGCGGGAGGACGGCGUGUCCCUGCUGUGCGAGUCCUCCAAGCAGGAGCUGCAGCUGCGCCGCGACGCCGAGAUCAAGCGCAUGAAGAUGGAGGCGUCCCGCAAGGCCACCGAGCUCAUCGACCUCCUCAACUUCGGGGGUCUGGACGCUGCCCUGGUGGACGCCGAGCCCAAGGCGCCUGACGCAGAGGUGAAGCCGGCGCCAGGGGGGGCGGGCCCCGCCACGGCCACGCCCAAAGAGGAGGAAGUGGACGAGGGCUUCCACGCCGAGGAGGAGUGCAUCCCCCUCCCGGACUUCCCGCCUCCGGCUGAGAGCGACGCCCCCCUUGACGUGGAGAUCCUCGCCCAGCUUCCCCCUCCUCCGCCCGCCUUCGCCGAGGGAACCCUCGCCUCCGCCCCUCCCCCCGCCGCCGAGGGCGUAGCGGCGCCGAGCCCGGCCGGCGCCCCCCCUCACCCGCCCGCGCCCCCGCCCCCGCCCCCGGGAGACGGAUCGGGCGUUCCGGCACCUCCUCCUCCACCUCCUCCACCCCCUCCUCCUCCAACUCCUCCUCCUCUACCGCCGUCGACGGCGCCCCCGACCAAGGCGGACGGCGAGAAGAAAGAGGCGGGAAAAGCGGAGGAGGGGAGGAAGGUGAGCAUGGUGGAGAGCCUGGGCGACGGGGAGGAGCCUAUCUACAGCAUGCCCGCCGACACCGAGUCGGACUACGACCAGGAGGAGGAGGACGGCUCGGUGAACGCCGGCGACGACGGCUCCGCCUCCGGGAGCAACCGGGGCAGCGCGGCCCCCACGGAGGAGGAGGAGCACCCCAGGAAGUCGACGUGCACCAACGCCAGCGCAGGGUCGCACCGCGGCAGCUCCGACUCGUACGGGGACAGCGAUGACGAGCACGACGGCCUACUGGACACCGAUGAGGAGGUGGGCGUCGGCCACCGGGUCAGCAUCCUCAACGGGAACGGGCCGCCCUACUUCCACAGCUACCUCUACAUGAAGGCCGGUCUGAUGAUCCCCUGGAGGAGGCGCUGGUGCGUGCUGAAGGACGAGACCUUCAUGUGGUUCCGCUCCAAGCAGGAGUCCCUGAAGUCCGGCUGGCUGUACAAGAAGGGAGGGGGCCUGUCCACUCUCUCACGCAGGUUGAACUGGAAGAUGCGUUGGUUCGUACUGAGGGACAGCAAGCUGAUGUACUUUGAGAACGACAGCGAGGAGAAGCUGAAGGGGACUAUCGACAUUCGGGCUGCAAAGGAGAUCGUGGACAACCACGAGAAGGAGAACGCGCUGAACAUCGUGACGGAGGAGCGGACCUACCAGGUGUUCGCUGAGUCCCCAGAGGACGCAGGUGGAUGGUUCAAUGUGCUCAGUAAGGUGCGAGUGUGCACUCCAGAGCAGCUGCUUGACAUGUCCCAUGAGCAAGCCAACCCCAAGAAUGCUGUGGGCACCCUUGACGUGGGUCUGGUGGACUCUGUGUGUGCGUCGGACAACCCUGAUCGUCCCAACUCCUUCGUGAUCAUCACCGCGAACCGCGUGAUCCACUGCAACACGGACACGGCCGAGGAGAUGCACCACUGGAUCAGCCUGCUGCAGAAACCCAAAGGAGACGCCAAAGUCGACGGCCAGGAGUUCCUGGUCCGGGGCUGGCUGCAGAAGGAGAUGAAGACGAACGCCAAGAGCACCUCCCUGAAGCUGAAGAAGCGCUGGUUCGUGCUCACCCACAACUCCCUGGACUACUACAAGAGCUCUGAACGCAACUCCUCCAAGAUGGGAACCCUGGUGCUGAACUCCCUCUGCUCCGUCGUACAGCCGGACGAGAGGGUACACCGAGAGACAGGCUACUGGAACAUCGUGGUGCACGGCAGGAAACACUCGUACCGCCUGUACACCAAGAUCUUGAACGAUGCCAUCAGAUGGACAGCAGCCCUACAGGGAGUCAUAGACAGCAAGACCCCUAUCGAGACCCCCACUCUGCAGCUCAUCAGAGACAUCAGGGAAAACAGCGUGAACCAAGAUCUGGUGGAGCAGAUGUAUCGGAGGAACCCGAUCCUGAGGUACACCCAGCACCCCCUGCACUCCCCACUGCUGCCCCUGCCCUACGGAGAGGUCCCGUUCCUCCAGAGGAAGCUGGGAUACGCCAGCCUCCAGGACGAGGCGGUGCGGGUGUUCAACUCCCUGCAGGAGAUGGAGACCCUGGGGGACACCGUGGCCAUCAUCCAGGGCAUCCUGCAGACCUGCCAGGACCUGCGGCCGCUCACCGAUGAGGUGUAUGCACAGGUGAUCAAGCAGACCAACCACGUGCCUCAGGAUAACAUCCAAGCCAAUAGGGCACACUGGCAUCUUCUCACCUGCAUGAGCUGCACCUUCUUGCCCAGCCGAGGUAUUCUCAGAUACCUGCGCUUCCACCUAAAGAGGGUACGUGAACGUUACCCAGGCACUGAGAUCGAGCGCUACGCUACUUUCAUUGGGGAGUCCCUGAAGAAGACCAAGACUCGUGAGUUCGUCCCCUCGCAGGAGGAGAUCGCCGCCCUGCUGGUGAGGCAGGAGAUGAGCACCACCGUCUACUGCCACGGAGGAGGCUCCUGCAAGAUCUCCAUUAACUCACACACAACGGCUGGACAGGUGGUGGAAAAGCUGAUCCGCGGCCUUGCCAUAGAGGAAAGCAGAAACCUGUUCUCCCUGUUUGAACACAAUCAGUGCACCGACCGAGCUCUGGAGAGCAGGGUCAUUGUUGCGGAUGUCCUCGCCAAGUUUGAAAAACUGGCAGGAAGUGAAGAGGAAGAUGAGGAGGGAGAGUGGAGGCUCUACUUCAAGCUCUAUUGCUUCCUGGAUGUAGAGAGCAUGCCUAAAGAAGGAGUGGAGUUUGCUUUCAUGUUUGAGCAGGCCCAUGAGUCUUUGAUCAGCGGCCAUUUCCCGGCCUCGGAGGAGAAUCUGCAGAACCUGGCGGCUUUGCGGCUUCAGUAUCUCCAAGGCGACGGCGCCGGCAGGGCGGGAUGGAGCCUGGGCAACGUCUAUCCAAUCGCGCGUCUCCGCCACCGCAUCAUGCACUCCACCAAGCCGGGGACAGGGGCCGGGCCGGGGGCCACGGGGGCCGGAGGGGCAGGGGUGGGGGAUGGGAAGGGGGUGGCCGGGAUCCAGGGGACUGUAGGAGGGGCCCCAGAGAAGCGUAGGACCCCCAGCUUCCUGGACGGCACCCUGAGGAGAAGCUUCAAAACGGGCUCGCUGAAGAAACAGAAGGUGGAGGAGGAGCAGAUGCUGGAGAUGUGGGUGAAGGAGGAGACCUCGGCCACCCGGGCCAACGUCCUGGAGAAGUGGACCCGUCUUCAGGGCCUGCCACAGCACCAGGCCAUGCUGAACUACAUGAGCAUCAUCAAGGAGUGGCCCGGCUACGGCUCCACUCUGUUUGAUGUGGAGUGUAAAGAGGGUGGCUACCCCCAUGAGCUGUGGCUUGGAGUCAGUGCGGACAAUGUCUCAGUGUACAAGAGGGGCGAGCCCAAGCCCCUGGAGACCUUCCGGUAUGAACAGAUCACCUUCUUCGGAGCUCCACAACCCUGCACUUACAAGAUCAUUGUGGACGAGAGGGAGAUCUUCUUCGAGACUCCCAUGGUUGGGGAUGUCGCAAAGAUCAUGAGGGCCUACAUCAACAUGAUAGUGAAGAAACGCUGCAGCAUCUUGUCUGUCUCCAGCGUCGGCAGUGCAUGGAUGAGCUGA